AUGCAUGAUUCACAUCUUUUACAGAACUUGAAGUCUAAAGCAAACAACAAGUUGGUGAUUACAUCCGUUGCCUUUCAAGACCACAUCACACGGAGCCUGUUGCAUCCAAAUUUCUCAUUUUCUGACCCUUUGCUGAGCUGCAAAAGAAAAGCACCCAAAAAUCUUCAAGCAAGAGGAGUGGAGGAGAAGGGUUUGCAAAGACAUGAUGGGCGAGACAAGACAGAAUAUGUCCUUGAUCCUGCUCCACCACCAUUAACAUUAGCUCAAAAGAUGGGUUUGGUGGCUUCGCCAGCAGAGAGACUGACAGAGGCUGAAUGGACGCAGGUCAAGGCGAGGUCUAUUCAACAGGGGGAUUCAGCUCAGCCCUGUGCAAUAUGCAGGGAGGAGUUUCGCCUUCAACCUCAGGUGUUGCUGUGUUGCUCGCACGUUUUCCACAGAGCAUGUCUGCGGGCCUUUGAGAGGUUUUCUGGGAGAAAAUGCUGCCCUAUGUGCAGGAGGGAGCAGUAUGAAACACGGGUGAUACACGAUGCAGCUUGCCUCUUCAGACACCAAUGUGCUACCAAAAUUCAAGCAUACUGGCGAGGCUAUGUUGCUCGAAAGUGGUACAGACAUAUGAGGAAAACAAUCUGCCCAAAAGACAAACGGCUGAAACGCAAAUUCUUCGAAGCCAAGUUGCAGGAGUUGAAUGACAGCUUUGUCCGAUACUGUCACACUGACACGGAGGCUUUUCUGAGUGAUAUCGACCGCUCCCUGUCAUCAAGCAGACGAGUGUUCCAGCAGCUGGAGAGAAAGAGUGUCUCUGAACCACAGGAGAACGACUGGGACCGAAUACAUAGCCAGGUUAUCCAGAGAGGUGUCUGGGACUGCCCCAUCUGCCUGACUGCACUGUGCAGCCUGAACCUUCCAACAGAAUCCAAUGAAUCCAACCAUCAGCAACGCAGACGAACUGUGCUCCUGUCGUGUUCUCACCUCUUCCACCAGCUCUGUUUAGAGGCCUUCGAGGCCUUUACUGCAGACAGCCGACCUUCCUGUCCCCUGUGCAGAUCUGUCUACCACAAAAAACUUAUCUAAAACAGGUUAUCCAGAGAGGUGUCUGGGACUGCCCCAUCUGCCUAACUGCACUGUGCAGCCUGAACCUUCCAACAGAAGCCAGAUCCAGUAGAUCCAACCAUCAACAACGCAGACGAACCGUGCUCCUGUCGUGUUCUCACCUCUUCCACCAGCUCUGUUUGCAGACAGCAGACCUUCAUGUCCCCCUGUGCAGGUCUGUCUACCACAAAAAAACUUAUCUAAACAGGUACAAAAAGACGACAUUUUGGAUGAUUUCAUCCUGUAAGAUUUGUAAGCCCAACUACCCUGUACUUGGACUAAGCAAAAAUGAUUACAUCUUGAUCACAGGAAGUUUGGUAUUUGGGGGGGAAAUAAUAAUUCACUCUUGCAGGGAGUCAGAUGGGAAGGUAUUUACCACUCUCCUGACUAUAUGUUAAAUGAAGCUGGAGCUGGGAAGCAAUUAGCUUAUAUUAGCAUAAAGAUGGGAAGCAGGGGAAGACACCUAGCCUAGCUCUUUGCAAGUAAAAAAAAAAAGAAGCAACUCUUAAUUUAAGAUGUACAUAAAAAGAAAUCUAAAAGUGAAAAAUGUGUGCAUUUACUGGUAGUUGCGUAACUAUUUUCUGUAACUCAGCAACUGGGUGCAGUGACUUUCUAUAGUCCUCUUGCCACCAUGAGAGAAAGAGGAAACCAGUAUAGACUCAGGAGAGUUACUGGGGCCAAGCGUCAUUUGCCAAAUAAUAGUUACAGCAUUUUUACAUUUUUUGUGAGCUUUAGGGCUGCUGAUAGGUUUGUUUAUUCAUUUUACAUUUUGACAGUGCCAGGAUAGUUGUUCCCCCUGCUCCCGGUCAUUAUGCUAAGCUAAUCAGGUCCUGGCUUUAGCUCCAUAGCUAGUGCAAAAACAAGGGAAUGGUAUUGUUCUUAUGAUCUAACUUUCAGCUAUGAAGUGACCAAGUGUAUU